AUGCCCCCAAAAGCGAUCCUCAUCGACAUUGAAGGUUCCCCUCCCCCUCCCCCUCCCCCUUCUCAAUCAUCUAUCAUAACUAGCUAUGACAGCUAGCUAAGCUAGCUAACAAACACAGGCACGAUCUGCCCAAUAACCUUCGUAAAACAAACCUUGUACCCCUACGCCCUGGCCGCCCUCCCGACCUACCUCUCGAAGAACUGGACGGCGACGAACCCGCUGAUAACCGCCUUCCCCCAAGCCGACACCGCCACCCCGGAAGCCCUGGUCGAGCACGUGCGGACGCUGACGGUCCAGGACUCCAAAUCGCCCGCGCUGAAGGCGCUCCAGGGACACCUCUGGCAGGCCGGCUACGAGUCCGGGGAACUGGUCGCCCCGAUUUACCCCGACGUGCUGCCGGCCCUGCGUGCGUGGCGCUCCCGCGACGUGAGGGUGUACGUGUAUUCCAGCGGGAGCGUUAGGGCGCAGGACUUGUUCUUUCGCUACUCGUGCGAGGGGGAUGUCAGGGCGGUUUUCAAUGGGUUUUUCGAUACCGGGGUCGGCGCCAAGGUUGAGGAGGGGAGCUACCGCAGGAUCUUGAGGGAGUGUGAAGGGGAGGAGGGGGCGGAGGGGUGGGUCUUUCUGAGUGAUCAUGUUGGCGAGGUUAGGGCUGCUAUGGAGGCUGGGAUGAUGGGUGGUGUCGUGGUGCGCGAGGGGAAUGCGCGGCUCGGUGAGGAUGAUAAGGUGGGAAUGUGGGUUAUUGAGGGGGGGUUUACGGAGGUUACGGAAAAGCUGUUUUCCGAGUAG